AUGGCCAUACUCCGCGCCGCCCCUCCCCCCGGGGGCUUAUCAUCGAGCCAGAGCACGCAUCAGAAUCAAUCAUCGGCCGCGGCCCCCACAACCGUCACCAACGGCGCCAUCGACAUCGAUGCCUGGACCGUCUCGGCCCUUCAAUCCCUCAGCGUUUCGCCCGUCGCCCGCGGCACCGGCACGCCCUUGGCCAUUCCCAUCGACGAGCACACACCCGUCAGACACCAGGUCCGCGCUGUUGCUUUGGAUACGCCCCAGACGCCAGAGACUCCUCGUCGCCCGCCGUCUCGCCGCGAUAGUCAGCGUCACCGUGAGGCGCUCCUGAAAGGGAACGAGGGCAGUCGGCAGCGUCGUCGAUGGGAGAAUGAUCGACUCGUCGGCGUGCCCAAUGUGCAACCCCCGCUGCCGAGUGACUGGGAGGUUCACCCCAGCCACCCGGUCCAUUGCGUCCCGUAUCAGGUGGCCCAGUUUUGGGAUCGUGGCAUCCGCGAACGGGUCCAAGAAAAGACUGUCUCGUUGCAGGCGGCUCGCAAGAAGCAGCAGCGCACGACCGGCAGCGCCACGGGUCUCGGCGCCGGCGAGGUCCCGCGCGACCUGCGCGAGUCGGCCAAGCGCAGUCCCGUAAUCCGGGGCUGGGUUCGUGCUCUGGAGGAGCCGGUGAGGCAGUUCAUCGUCGGCGAACGGAAGCGCCGGGUGGACAUGGAAACUGCCCGACGGAACGACGACAGCGCCGCCGAGGAGAUGGACUCGGACGAUGAGGAGAUCGUCUUCGUCGGCCGCAGCGGCGCCAUGCGGGAGCUGAAGGAGAAGAAGGAAGCCAUGUACAAGAUGGCGAGACGCGAGGUCGAGCAGGAGAUUGUCGACUCGGGCAUGGUCUUUGACUCGUUUGGCGACGGCGAAAAUGCCGCUUUCAAGUGGGAUUUCAUCUCCUUUGACCUCUUGGCUGGAAAUGCUGACCGGGACGACAGGCGCUGGCUUGCCCAUUCCAUCUCCGACUACUACGGCCUCGCAUCUCGAUCCGUCACCAAGACCAAUUCGUCAAGGGUCGUCUAUGUCGGCCUUCCGACAGCCCAUCAGCUCACACAGUUGCCUCGGCCUCUAUGGGAGCUCUGCUGA